UGUUGCUGGAACCGGGAGAUCAGAGAUGGUUUUCCCUCCGCACAUCACCCUCAAUCCAUGAUUCAAUCAUCAGCAAAAUCCCACAACAAGUGCUCUAUGACAAGGUGCCGGCGAAAGCGCCGGUGAAAGUGAAGCAGGGAAGAAGAAUCAGAGCACACCCAUAACAGUAGUAAAAACAGCAACGGUUCUUUUCUCUGUCCUGCGCUCCCAGGGGAUGUCUCAGUCCCAAGCUUGGCCAAGUCACAACAACAUGGCAGGAUUGUCAUUCCAGAUUAGAAAAACAAAUGAAAGAAUGUCGAAGAAGAAAUGGUUCUUUGACGGCAGUCAGGAAGCGCAGAGCUCAGAAAGCAAUACGAGUGCCUUUCAUCUAGUGCAGCUCAUAGAUUCAACACGGCAGACUUCUACAUCAAUGGUGGAUCAGAACUGCUGGAUUCAAUGCAGAGAGAAUUAAUGGUCAUCAUCGACGAUAUAACUAUGUUGGAGAUUUCUCAGUUGGGCAUUCUUCAUCAGGGGAUUGAAGAUGAAAAGAUGGCUGCUCAGAAACAAGUUGUGAGAAGCAGAAGCCAUAGAAUUUUCUCUUAUGUAACUGUUGACUUGCAGUGAGGUUUGCCUAGAACACAUUUAUCUGCCAAGUGUUUUAUUAUAAGUGCAUGCUUGUUUUAUCUUUAGUUGACUUGACUUAAGCAUUAGUUGUUUGGGGACUUGCUAUGUAAUAUUUUUGGAAGAAUUAUGACUCAGCACCAAACUGUGUCCACGUGUAUUUGUACACGGUCUACACUCUUCCAGAGUGUUCUUCCUGUGUCUAGAACUGUGCUAACUAGAAGAGAUUAUAAUUGGGUAUGUGUAUGUGUGUUUAUAUAUUAUUGUCGUGUAAAAGAGAAAUUGGUAAGAGAGAUAAAAAAUAGAAAUCGAUUUGUGCAUAACUCUCUCUCCUCCUCUUCCAUCACAAAACCACAGGGGAGGCCUAAUUUUGGUGCUGAGUCAUAAUUCCAACAAUUUUUAUGUUCUUUUUAUGUGGUUGGUUGCUAGAGUGCCAAGUAUGUUGGCUUCUAGAAGGCUUCCAGCCUUUAUUCUCUUGUUGUAAUAAUCUAUUUUGUACUGAUUGUAUCAGACAGAAAGAAAAAAAAAAGGUCUGAAAAGUGGAAGAUUCUGGUAUAAGUGGGUCUUUUAUCUGUCAAUCUCUACCUUUUCUUUGGUUCAGGGUUUAGUGGAAAUGCUGGUUCAAGUGGGUCUUUUACCAUCAAUUAGAGAUUUGUUUGUUCGAGGUUGAUCCAGUAGUUGGAACUGGUGUCCCUGAUCUUGCAACAAUAACUGAUUAAAACUGAAGUGAUAUGGAUUACAACUUCAUCUCUCAACUCAGCUUUUCCAAUCGUGAGUGGAAGAUAAAAGCAAGGGUCGCAAGAUUAUGGGAUUCAAUAAAUCAUAACGAAAAUAAUCUACUUAUGAGUGUUGAUGCAUACAUCGUUGACGAAAAGGGUGACAACAUACUUGCAACGAUGACACCGGAGGAUGCUGACUACUUCAGGGCUCUGCUUGAUGAAGGGGAUAUCUACUAUUUUAGUAAUUUCUUGGUCUUUUCAAUUAGAAAUAGCUAUCGACCUUGCCCAAAUGAAUACAUGCUAAAAUUUGACAAGAAAACAAGGAUCGAAAAGACUGUAGAUGCAAGUAAUAUGUUCCCUCUAGACAAAUUUCAUUUCAUCAAUCACACUGAGAUGGAAUCCAGAAUUCAAAACAAAGUUAUCCUAACAGAUAUGAUAGGUGUACUAGUCAAAGCUGGAAAUUUGGAAGAGAGAUACAGUAACCAAAAGAUGGUGAAACUGAAGAAGUUAUAUUUUGAAGAUGAAGUGUUGAAUUCUAUAUCAGUUACACUCUGGGGAGAAUUAGCCAUGAAAUUUGAUGAGCAAAAGGUGCUUGAAGAAAGUAAGAAAAAAUCAGUCAUCAUAAUCUGCGCAGGCAUGAUGGUUACUACAUAUGCAGGAAAAACUAUUUUAAGUAGUACAUCAGCCUCAAAGAUAUACCUUGAUUUACAAAUUCCAGAGGUUGACCAACUUAAAAGAAGAAUAAUCCAACCAAGAGCUCUCCAAAUUAUGCCAAGACGUCAAGUCAAGUUCACAAAUCCUGAUGAGGAGACUAUGAGAAACAAGAAGACAAUAGCUGAACUAUUGCUACUAGACAUGCAUCGCGAUGCCCACCAGAAAUUCACAUGCAAAGCUAAAAUCAAAAGCAUAGAUGUAGUUGAUGGAUGGUGGUAUGCUUCAUGUCCUAUAUGUAAUCGUGCAACCAAACCAUGGAAAGAUUUGAACGAAUGCUCACAAUGUGGUGUCAUCAAUCAAGAACCAAUUCCAUGCUAUAAACUCAAUGCCACUGUUGAGGAUGGAACUGGGCAUGCACUGUUUACUAUAUUUGGAAGACAAGCAGAGCAGAUGGUUGGAAUCUCAACAACCACUAUUAUAUCAAUGAAAGAUUCAAAUCGAUAUGUCCUACCACAAAUGAUUAUUGACGUCUUUCCAGUUUACCAUAUCUUCCAAGUCUCGAUCAACCUCAACAACAAGAAGAUGAAAUCCAUAUGUUUCAAAGUCUUAAAAAUCUUUGAUGAUGUCAAACACGCUGAAGUGAAAUCAGAGGGACAACUUGAAACUCCUCAAAUGGAAAAACAAGUCGUUGAAGAGAAAAAGUCUGAAGAAAUUUUGUCUCAAGAAUUCACAGAUUUUAACAUUCAUGACAACAAGCAAUCCACUCAAUCAGAAUCAGAUACGAAGGUACAUACACCUCAGAAAUCAAAGUCAAUUGUUUGGAAGAGACGUACUCGUCAUAUAAAGUUAGAACAUUCUGAUGCUUCCAAUUCUAAUGAUCAACCUACAUCUACUUCACUUAUGCAAAACAUCAAACAGAAGAAAAGGGGAACAAUAAGCAUGGAGGAGCCACCACAUCAUAUCAAAAAACAAAGAAAAAUUAAUGUUUCCAACAUUGAAAAAGGUAAAGAGCAGGAGUAUUUCUAUUAGAAAGCAUAAGUCAAUCAAGAGUCCAGCAACAUAAGUAGAACUAUCCUAUGUCUAUUAACUCAUUUUGUAUAAAAAUAAUCACUUUCUCUUGGUUAUGCUAAAAUGCUGCUUGCUUUUGUAUAAACAUAUCUGUAGCCUAAAAAAAAUCAUUUCAUGGUUGUUAUAAUAUUUUGAAAAAUAUAUAAAUGCAAUGUUAUUUAGAAUCUUUC